UCAAAGGCGGAUCGGCGCGGCGUGGCGAGGGGGCGUGGCCAGCGCCUCUCCAGCGAAGAUGGCGGCGGGUUCCAGGAGCAAGAGGCAUUUAGAAGAGGAGUGUGAAGAAGGCGGCGCAGGAGACACGAAAAGACAAUGCCGUAUGACCUGCAGGUGCUCAUCCUCUCAGGCACAUUCUCUCAGCAAUGGAAGAGCAGCUUCUCCAGGCUCUUUCCUGAGCAGCAGUGGAUACUUGGAUAAUGACUUGGAUGAUGCCAUCCUGGCUCGUUCUGAUGAGGAAAAGCCAGAUUCUCCCACUGGACUCUCUCGUGAAGCUGAGGAUGAGCUUAUAGCAGAGGAUCGGGAAACCUCCCCCUGUUUUGUAGCAAUUGAAGUAAAUAGAUGUGAGGAUGUGAAGAGUGGUAGCCUUUUAGCUUGUCCUGAAUCUGCACAGCCUCCAAGGGCUCUGGAUGAGGUUGAAAGCACAAAACCUCUUCCUCAGACCGGUUCUUCAGCCAGCUCAAGUGAGGUGGCUCUUUUCACAAAUGAUUUGGAAAAAUACUUGAAUAAGAGCUCUCAAAAUCAAGCAGAGUUUGGUGCAAAAUACAAUGGUUUUAGGAUUCCAGAAGUUGAUUCAGACGUAACAGCUUCUUUGAAUCCGGAGAGAGGUCUGCCUGGAAAAAUAGAUAAUGACACAAUAAAGACAGUGGCAAAUGAUUUGCCAGUAGGAAGCCAACUAGUGGCUGAACAUGAAUCAUUUGGUGCAGUGGUUGAACAGUCCUCCUUAGAGAGACAGACUUCCCUAAGUUACAAGCAGCUCAGAGGCAAGAAUACAAGCAACCCACUACCUGAAAAAGAAUUAGAUACCAUUGACUUGCAUGCAGUGUCCACUCGUGUCAAUGGCCAAAGAAAGGAUUGUGUGGAAGCUCCUGAUGUUAAAAAAACAAAUAGGCAGGAAGUGGCUAAAGAAGCAAAGAGGAAGCUACACCCUUCAGUUUGUCAACCUCUGAGCAACGUGGAAGACUCCAUUUUCUGUGUGAAGUCAAGUCCUGUAAAGCCUAAACGGAUAUUAAUUCAAGAAGCAGACCUUGAGUCAAGAAAAGCAAGAUACGUUAAUGCCGUACUUAACCAUGCUACCUCUGUCCCGUCUCUCAUAGACCCCGUCCAGGAGUUGCACACGCUGGUAAAUACAGUCGCGUCUGAAUCCAGUUACAACCACCCAACAGACUUGACCGUAAGGAACUACAGCAAACGGAGUCACAGCAAAACUCAGAGAUUCAGUCUCAACCAGUGGGUUGAGCACAGCAGGAGCAACUUUGGCCGGUUUGAUGGCAUUCCUGAUCACUUUGAGCGCAGCCCAAUCCUAAGCUAGGGGAGAUUUUAUUCAAAGUUGUUCGUACUGGCAAUUCAAUUUAAUUAGUGUUUGUGUGUGUUAUUAAUAUGAAGGCCAAUUUAAUGUAUUUAUUUUUAUUACAAAUAUUUGUUCACUUUGUCCUAGAUCUUUUUCACUGCUGAAUAUUUUAGAAAUGUUGUGUUUUUACUACUCUAUUUCAUAUUGCACCUUGUAUAUGUUUUGCUUGUUUUAAAAUUCUGGGACCUAU